AUGGCGGCGCAUCUACCUACCAUCAACUUCAACCCUUUAGCUCCCGUCACACCUCCGCCUGAGCACCUGUCGUUCCGGAAACCCGCACUUCCCCUUUCUGCUCAACUGAAACGCAAGGCCGCCGAGGCCAACAUCACCAAUGAUCAUGUCACGAUGAAGAAGGAGCUUUCACCACAAAACAACCCGUCCAUGGCCCCGCCAAAGCCGACGUCGAUCCCGAAUGCGGGUGCAGACCCGACCCAGCCGCCCAUGGAUCCCCGAUAUGUGGCCAUGGUUUCACGCAUUGCCGCCUACUACCAGCAACGGUGCCAGGCCAUCUCCAACGCGCAGCAGCAAAGAUGCCAGGCCUGGGCCAACAUGCACAGGCAAAAGUGUCAAGAGAUGAUGCAGGCCGCCAUGUUGGUGGUGGCGUGGUACAUCCGCGACCGGAUCCAGCGGAGACGCCGGAGGCAAAAGAAGCAGUUCCGCACGGGGUUAAGAGCGCAGAGCACCCGGUCCCGUGUAACAAAGGGCGAAGGAGUCCGGCGCUGGGUCAUGAAUAUGCCCGAGAGCAUGUCAUCACCGCAUAUUCCAGGGCUCGACGACCUCGCUGACCAAGAGGAGGCCCACUUCUCCAUGGACAAGGAAGUUCCACCGGACAAGGACACCAAGCUAUUUGAGAUGGCGGACAACAUGAUUAGGAGUCAGUAUCGCAAGGUCGAGGUGCCCAUCCUCGGCGUGCUUGGCUUCGAGGAGGACGAGAGUGAGAGUGAGAGCGAGGCCGACGACGACUUUGACCAGCUCAUGGAUGAUGAGCUCGAGGAUGGUGAAGUUGAAGAGUGCGACGAUGAAGACGAUUUGGAAAUGGACGAUGAGGACGACGAGGAGGAUGGGUCUGAACUCGUCCACCGCGGUACGGGCACGGGCACUGGAAGCCGGGGCAAGGACUCUGGGUUGUCAUCUUGA